UACACUUCGAUAACGUGGGCGCAAAUAGUGUUUCGUGUUAAACAUUCAAUGUAACGUAUAUCAUUUAAGUACGAUAUGUGUGUCUGACGCAAUAGACAAACAAUUAUAAUUUCAAGAAAAAGGACGAUUAUUUUUUAUUUGCAUUUGGACGUAAAAAGUUGUACACACUUUAAGAAGCCAGGAAAUAAUGACGGAAUAUAAACAAGAUGAUGGCGAUGGUCACAGUAUAACCUACCUGGAUACCGACGGCUAUACAACUUGUACAUUUGGAAAACCAACAGAAAUCGCGAAGAGAAUCAGAGAAAUGACAAACUUCAAAUGUAGACCAGAUGAUGUUUUUAUAUGCGCACCUGUUAAGUCAGGUACACACUGGACAUGGGAAAUUAUUUCCAUGAUGUUUAAAGGGAAAGCCGAAACUAUUGAAAGAAGCAAAAUUGAAAAUAUGCUGGAGGGCUCUUCUUGGGACUUACUGGAAAGUUUGCCAUCCCCUCGGGUACUAAACACCCAUGUCUAUUACAGUCGCCUUCCAGAGAAAGCAAAAGAACUCGGUUGCAAAAUGAUUUACGUGCUUCGAAAUCCGAAGGAUUUGGCUGUAUCCCUAUACAAUCAUACUAAGGGUAUAACUUUGUACAAUUACGACGGCAAAUGGGAUCACUUUCUUCCGUUGUUCUUACAAGGAAGAACGGAAUACAACAGUUGGUUCGAAUAUGUCUUAGAGUGGGAGAGAGAAAUGUCGACUUCACCUGAACUUCCCAUACAUCUAGUCUAUUAUGAGGACCUAAAAGAGAACUCUCUUUUGGAAGUAUCCCGUCUCGGAAGGUUUCUUGGCGUUGAUGACAAAGACGGUCUUUUUGAAGCCAUUAGUAGAAAAUGUCAAUUUGAUAAUAUGGCAAAAGAUAAACAGGAGUAUUUAUAUCCGUGUGGUGAUGAAGAAACUUUCUCAUUCUAUAGGAAAGGUGACGUGGGAGACUGGAAGAACUGGUUUACAGUAGCACAAAAUGAACAUUUUGACAAGGUCUAUAGUAAAAUGAUGAAAACGUCGAAACAUAAGUUUAGAUAUGAGAGAAUGAAACAGAUGGAUAACAAAUUGUAACAGCAUUGUAGAAUUAUAGCAGCAUUGUAGAAUUGUGAAAUAAUUAUAAUAAUGUGACAUAAUAAGAUAUAAUAACGUGAAGUCAGAAGGUCUGAUUGAAGAAUACGUUGUACCAGUUGUAUAAAACUUGAUAAAACCUCAAUGGAUGAUAAAAUACUCUUCUGAUAAAUUAUGUAUGUGUAUAAAUAAUAUACGUAUAUUAUACAGAUUUAAUAGUAUAAUUGGUUGUAUAAUAAGGCAAACAGCCGUUGUGAUAAGAUAUAUAUACUCGUACGUUAAUGUUUUAUUAGUUUUAUGUGUUUAUGAGUUAUAGCCCGUUUCAAAGUUCAAGCAACAAUGUACUGUUGUCUAUGUUUUCACAAUUAAAAGAAUGUAGAAAGUGAGGGUUAGUGCGUUAGUGCGCGCCCACCGAUUUUUACUGUUAGGGAUUUAAGAGCACAAUAAUUACAAUUCAUUUAAAGGUAA